AUGCGAGGUUCUGAGAUCAGCGGCGGGGGUCUUCUCGAGAGACUGUUUCUGAGCAUCAUCGUGCUGGAUGAUGAUGACGAAGAUGAAGCAGCUGCUCUGCCAGGGCCCUCCCACCCACCCCCCAAUCCGGCCUCACCCAGGGCAGAAGCCCCUGGCUCCUCCCAGCCCCACGGGGCUGGAGGAAGCAGUAGUUCGGGCGGCAAGAAAUGCUACAAGUUGGAGAAUGAGAAGCUGUUUGAAGAGUUCCUUGAACUGUGUAAGACGCAGACGGCGGACCACCCUGAGGUGGUCCCGUUCCUCUAUAACCGGCAGCAGCGGGCCCACUCUCUGUUUUUGGCCUCGGCGGAGUUCUGCAACAUCCUCUCUCGGGUCCUCUCUCGGGCCCAGAGCCGGCCAGCUAAGCUCUAUGUCUACAUUAAUGAGCUCUGCACUGUUCUCAAGGCCCACUCAGCCAAGAAGAAGCUGAACCUGGCCCCUGCUGCCACCACCUCUAGUGAGCCCUCUGGGAAUAACCCUCCCGCAGACCCCUCCUCGGACCCCACAAGUGCUGAGACCACUGCCUCUGAGGCCCCAAGGACCCAUGGUUCCCGGCGGCAGAUCCAGCGCUUGGAGCAGCUGCUGGCACUCUACGUGGCAGAGAUCCGGCGGCUGCAGGAAAAGGAGUUGGAUCUCUCAGAAUUGGAUGACCCAGACUCCACUUACCUGCAGGAGGCGAGGUUGAAGCGUAAGCUGAUCCGCCUCUUUGGGCGGCUGUGUGAGCUGAAAGACUGCUCUUCACUGACAGGCCGGGUCAUAGAGCAGCGCAUCCCCUACCGUGGUACCCGCUACCCAGAGGUCAACAGGCGCAUUGAGCGGCUCAUCAACAAGCCAGGGCCUGAUACCUUCCCUGACUAUGGAGACGUACUGCGGGCUGUAGAGAAGGCAGCUGCUCGGCACAGCCUUGGCCUCCCCCGACAGCAGCUCCAGCUCAUGGCUCAGGAUGCCUUCCGAGAUGUGGGCAUCAGGUUACAGGAGCGUCGCCACCUUGAUCUCAUCUACAACUUUGGCUGUCACCUCACAGAUGACUAUAGGCCAGGCAUUGAUCCCGCACUGUCAGAUCCUGCCCUGGCUCGGCGCCUGCGGGAGAACCGGAGCUUGGCUAUGAGCCGGCUGGAUGAGGUCAUCUCUAAGUAUGCAAUGAUGCAAGACAAGAGCGAGGAGGGCGAGAGACAGAAGAGAAGAGCGCGGCUCCCCCAAGCCACCUCUUCCCACUCUGCAGACCCCUCCAAAGCCUCCUUGGAUUCUGGUGAGGGCCCUAGUGGGAUGGCAUCCCAGGAGUGCCCUACCACCUCCAAGGCUGAGACCGAUGAUGAAGAUGAGGAAAGUGAUGAAGAGGAGGAGGAAGAGGAGGGAGAGGAAGAUGAGGAGGAGGAAGACGAGGAGGCCACAGAUUCCGAAGAAGAGGAUCUGGAACAGAUGCAGGAAGGUCAGGGGGACGAUGAAGAGGAGGAGGAGGAGGAGGAGGAGGAGGAGGAGGAGGAAGCAGCAGGGAAGGAUGGAGAUAAGAGCCCCAUGUCCCCACUACAGAUCUCCACUGAAAAGAACCUGGAACCUCGCAAAGGGAUCAGCGGGUCGUUGGGGGAGCAGCAAAACAAAGGACUCACAGUGUCACCAUCUUCACUGGCAGAAGAGCCCCCGGCCCCCUCCAGCGUAGUUGCUGAAAGCAGUGGAGAGCACCUCGAGGAAUUGCCCCUGGAGGAAGAGAGCCCUAUGUCUCAGCUCUUUGAGCUAGAGAUUGAAGCCUUGCCUCUGGAUACUACUCCUUCCCCUGAGGAGAGGGACGUUUCCUCUUCCAGGAAGCAAUCAGAAGACCCCCUCACCACUGUCUUGGAGAAUGGAGCAGCCAUGGUCACCUCCACUUCCUUCAACGGAGGCGUCUCUCCUCACACCUGGGGAGAUUCCAGUCCUCCCCACAAGAAAUCUCGGAAGGAGAAGCAAACAGAAGCCGGGCCAUUAGGAAAGAGCUAUGUGGAAAGGCAAAGGGCAGUGCAUGAGAAGACACAUACUCUGCCCAGCCCGCCUUCCCCCUUGGCUUCCAUGGCUCCGGUUGCCGAUUCCUCCACGAGGGUGGAUUCUCCUAGCCACGGCCUGGUGACCAGCUCCCUCUGUAGCCCAUUUCCAGCCCGGUUGUCCCACACCCCACAAUCACAACCCUCCAGGCCUGGUACUUUUAAGAUGAGUGUGGCCACACAGUGCGAUCCAGAGGAGAUCAUCGUGCUCUCAGACUCUGAUUAA